GAAAGAAAGGGUGACAUUUCAGCCGGUUUCCACUGCAAACCCAACCUGGCGAGAAGGCGACCAACCUGCCAAACCAAAAAGAACGCGUCUUUCCUCCCUCCUCCCACCUCCAAUUCCCAAAUCUUCUGCCAAUCCUCCAAGAACCACCAUCGCCGGCAUCCGCCAUGAUCCGGUUCAUACUGCUGCAGAACCGGCAGGGGAAGACGCGGCUGGCCAAGUACUACGUCCCGCUCGAGGACUCCGAGAAGCACAAGGUCGAGUACGAGGUGCAUCGGCUGGUGGUCAACCGGGACCCCAAGUUCACCAACUUCGUUGAGUUCAGAACACAUAAAGUUAUCUACAGGCGAUAUGCAGGACUAUUUUUCUCAAUGUGUGUGGACAUUACUGACAAUGAGCUGGCAUACUUGGAAUGCAUCCACUUGUUUGUCGAGAUAUUAGACCAUUUCUUCAGCAAUGUGUGUGAACUUGACUUGGUAUUUAAUUUCCACAAGGUGUAUUUGAUACUGGAUGAGUUUAUUCUUGCUGGAGAGCUUCAAGAGACAAGCAAAAGGGCAAUAAUAGAGAGAAUGGGUGAGCUUGAGAAGCUGGAGUAAGGAGAAACGGUGUACACUAGCGUCAUGGGCAGAUGAUUAAGAAGAGUGUGCUGCCGUUUCUUUCUCUGCCGUGUCAAAACAUUUGCUCUGCUGUACAAUUCUUUGUAGCUGUUGUGUUACUUGACACUGUCAAGAUUGUUCUGUUGAAUACCAUGGGAUCACAGUCAUCUUUGUGCAUUUGCUUGAAGUAAUCAUCAUUAUAGCAAUCCCUUAUUCUUCACCGUUCUGAUUGGGAAUCUGGUAUUUUGAUGCUGCACAACAUGAACACUGUAUUAAGCAAUCU